CGUGGAAUCUUGUGAUGUGUCGAAAAAUUGUUGUUACUCAUGUCUGAGUGAUAUUUCGCCCUGGCUCGCUCCUUAAAUCAUGACAGUUUAGUGUUCAGUCAACAUGACAUCAAAAUUUGUUUACAUUUGCUUUCUCGUUGUAAUUUUGACAAUUCUUUCUUGUGACAGUGAAGAUCACGAAGGCACUGCAUCCUCAAACAACACGACAUUAAGCACCACCACACCGAAGCUGAAUACCAAUGACACAGCAAAGAAUGGAACAGAAGAAAUGGGAGGUGGUAAAGGAAUUCUUGACUUUGGGGAGAAUAAAGGGAUGUUUAUGAGAGCGUUUUAUGUGUUGAUAGGCAUCACUGCUAUUGUGGUGGUAUACUUCGGUGUAAGGGCCUGGAGAGUGAGAAGAAAGAGAAACAAGUCAAAGAAAUAUGGUUUAAUUACGGGACGAGGUGCAGACUACGAGAUGGCGCCACUUGAUGCUGAUGACGAUGAUGAUGAUGAAGAUACUACUGUGUUUGAAAUGAACAGAAGAAAAAAAUGAAUCUCUUUUAUCUGAAGUGAAAUAGGACAGAAUACAAAUAUAUGCCAUAGAGUUUUGUCCUUCACAUUUAUUUUUUGUAUGCAUUCUCAAGAAAAGAACAGAAAAGUGUGAUUGUAUCAAAAUCUGUUUGCAACUUUGCAUGAAACGCAAUCAAGGUACAUUUUAUUGUGCAAAUAGACGGGGUAACAUUUUUAAAAGUCUUUUGAUCAUGAUGCACAAAUUUGAACAACCAAUCAUUUGCAGUCCAAAUUAUAACAAAGGAUAUGUAUCACUUCUUGGAGAAUAUGUUUGAAAUUCUAGAAUGUUUAAUCCCUUUUGGUAAAAAGAAUAAUAUGUAUAAGUAAUUCAUAAUUCAAAUAAGUGAUCUGAGGAACUAAUUGUUUAUUUCUCUACAAUUUCAAGAUACUAUAUGAAUCAUCUUGGAGAUUCACUGUUUGUUUCUUGUUGUAUUAUGCAGAUUUUCAUAUUUCAUGUAACAGAUCAACAUAAAUUUGACAUGAAGGAAGCAUAAUUCAGUAUAUUGUGUUGUAUGCCUGUGAAGGAAGCAGUGAUGCUGUAUAUAUGAUGUAAUCAUUGUGUCAUUUUCUUUGAUUGAUAAUGUUAUUUAAAAAAUUCAGGUGCUGGUUAUGUUUCAGAAAUAAGAUACUCUAUUAACAGUAUAUUGUGUGACUGACUGUGUAAGAGCCCUGUGUCAAUAUGGAUGACAAUACUCUAAUGUGACAUUUUACAAGAAGGUAUUCUUUAUAUAACCCUGUCUUCACAUGUGUCUUUCUGUUUACGAAAUCCACUUCCUUUUUUGGAUGUCUGUUUUGUAUUUUGUUGUACAUUUAUAUAUAUGUACACAUAUAUCUUUAAACAAAAUAUAUGAAUUUUAAUUUUUGUGUGUUUGGGAAGUUAUGAAUUUUGUUUAGAAAAGCUUGUGUUUAUGUUAGAUUUUUUAUAUAAACAUGAUAAAAAGAAAAAAUUGUGUUGUUUUGAGGUCAUGGUUAACCCUAACCCACUUUUUAUUUUAACAAAUAUCCAAUCAGAUACGUAAGUCCCUAAUCAGAACACUAUUUGGUAUAGGUGAUGGUGCUUUAACCAAAAAUGGUUUAUUUUUAUAAAAGUUCUCAUUUUUAUGUAGAUUAGUGUUAUAUGAACAUAGGUCUGUAGUGUAAUAAAUGUAAGCAUACUUAGAAUAGAAAAUCACAAAAUUAACAUAUAAUACAUGUAAUAUCCACCAUUGUUUUUUGGUAAUGACUGAAUGUAUAUUUAAGAUUAAAUCCACUUAAAUAUUGCUUAAGUAUUUCCUCAAAUAACAAAGUAUGAUCUGACCUUGAUUUAGUCUGAGUUUUCUAUCACUUUAUAAUCAAAGUACUUUUUAUAAAAAUGACAUUUUGGAAUACCACGGAAAAGACUCAGAAAUUCCUGUAUUGUUAUGAUGUGUCAUGGAACAAGGAUUAUUCCUUGAGGUAGGCCAGUUUUUGUUAAAACAAUUAUGGUGAUUAGCUUUGCUUUUAAUGAUAUAGUAUUCCAAUUAAUAACUCAUACUAUAUGCAUGUAUAUCCAUACUUCAUGCUUUUUUACUGUAGAUAUCAUAAUAGAUCACUUUUUGCAAGUAUUUCACGUGCUGUCUUUACACCUGUCUUUGAAUUUUUUUAUGCAAUGUAUUAACAUUAAACUAUUGCUUUAUCUUCCAGUCUCAUUAUGUCUAUAUGCAGUCUGGCUAUAAACAAGUAACACCCUGGCUAUAAACAUUUAAUGGAAAGGAAAUUCAAACUGUAAUUUCCAGGAGAAAUAAUUCAAACAUUUAAGGAAUUGGCAAGAUUUUGGUUCACCUAUUCAAACAUUUAAGGAAUUGGCAAGAUUUUGGUUCACCUACCUAUAGGCUUCCCUUAGCUAUUACAUUUUGGUUGACCUUAACCUGAUUGUGAAUAGAACAACUAUACUCUUAGUGUAUCAUCUGCUGAAAUAAAUCUAAACAGAAAAAUGCAUGAGAACCUCAGCUAUCCAGAGUCAAACCAUAAUAUUUCUUUGAUGUAAAAGUUAAAGCUUCAGAACAGUAACUGGUUGAGAAAAUUUGUACAGACAAACUAGAGAGCUAGAGAUCCAAGUAUUAUUAAAAUCUUUGAUUUAUGCCGCCGCUUUUUUGUCGCUCGCUUCAGGUAUUAUUUCCUGUAUGAUAUGUGUUCCCCUUCCAAAGCAUGGUAUGCAUUAAUUAACUACAUGUAUAUAUUUUACUCAUAAUCUUGUUGCUUUAUUUACCUUUCAGUGGUUCCAAACAGCCCUUAUAUGGCCUUGGUAUGUCAGUUUUAAAAAUUUGCUGGAUAAUUCAAAGUUUUUUACAAUUCUUGGAUCUGAAGCUUUUUUGUCGGAAUUUUCUCAAUCAGAGAGCUACAGUCCUGCAGCUAUAACAUUCAGAGUUGGAAGAAUUUGCAAAUUUUCUAGAAUUAGAUGGGUUAAGAUUCUGCUACCAACCACAGGUAAUUGACAUUAAUUAUCCUAUAAAGUUUAUGUUGUAAAAUGAUGCCACUUUUCAAAGACACAAUAGAAAUGAGGGAAGAACAAUGUAAAGAGUUGUAUAUAGUAGUACUUGCUUUUUAUGGAAUGGAUUGUAUUAAGUAUAAAGAAAACACUGCAGGAAUUAAGACACAAAUGCUGUAUGAUUCAUUGUAGUGCCUUAAUUAUAGGAUAAAGAUGGAGUUUUGGGUUGUGUUUGAACUCUCUGAUUUGUGCCGAGUUUGAAUGUUUUUCUACAAUCAUUGUGAUUGUACUAUACAUACAACAGUUAUAAUUAAUUGGAUAUACUGUUUCACUUUGUCUUCAUCUAUCAAGAUGCAAUCACAUCGGACAUUAUAUAUUAUGUUUAGUAAGUUUGCCUGUUAACAUUCUGUCGUAGAAAUACAAACUUGUAUUUAGUUCAUUUAUUGAUGAUGGAGUGCAAAAUGAAUUGCCCCUAUCUAAGUCAUAGUUGUUUUCUUUCUCUUUUUUUUUUUUUCAUUAAUUAUCAAAUGAUAAAUCACCAUAUUCCAUCAUGUGAUUAAUAAAUAUGUAAAAUAAAUUUUUAAAAAAACUCA